CGCUAUCGGGCGGGGGCGAGGUUCGGGCCGGUUGUGCCGUUGCGAGGCUGCAGCUGCGAUCGCUGCGGUGAGCCCAGGUUUGCUACCUGGCUACAAACUGGAGAAGCUGGUGGCACUGCCAGUGUUGUGUUGAGGUGUUGGUGUCUGUCUAGGACCCAGUGCAAGUCACUCUUUGUUUAAAUCAGGUAUAAUUAAAAAGUGACCCUCCUUUCAAAGAUGUCAAAAACAAACAAAUCCAAGUCUGGAUCACGCUCUUCUCGUUCAAGAUCUGGAUCAAGAUCUCGUUCUCGUUCAUUUUCAAAGUCUCGGUCCCGGAGUCGAUCUGUGUCUCGUUCAAGGAAGCGGAGGCUGAGUUCUAGGUCCCGUUCCAGGUCAUACUCUCCAGCCCAUAACAGGGAGCGCAACCACCCCAGAGUGUAUCAGAAUCGUGAUUUCCGAGGCCACAACCGAGGAUAUCGAAGGCCCUACUACUUCCGUGGGCGCAACAGAGGCUUUUACCCCUGGGGCCAGUAUAACCGAGGUGGCUAUGGAAACUACCGCUCCAAUUGGCAGAAUUACCGGCAAGCCUACAGCCCUCGUCGGGGCCGGUCCCGAUCCCGGUCCCCAAAGAGAAGGUCCCCUUCACCCCGGUCCAGGAGCCACUCUAGAAACUCCGACAAGUCUUCCUCUGACAGGUCAAGGCGCUCCUCAUCCUCUCGUUCUUCCUCCAACCACAGCCGAGUGGAAUCUUCUAAGCGCAAGUCUGCGAAGGAGAAAAAGUCCUCUUCUAAGGAUAGUCGGCCAUCCCAGGCUGCUGGGGAUAGCCAGGGUGAUGAGACAAAGGAGCAGACAUUCUCUGGAGGCGCUUCUCAAGAUGCAAAGGGAUCAGAGGGGUCGAAGCCCUGGUCAGAUGCCCCUUACGGCUCUGGGUCGGCAUCAAGGGCCUCGGCUGUUUCUGACCUGAGCCCCAGGGAGCGAAGCCCUGCUCUCAAGAGCCCUCUUCAGUCUGUGGUGGUCAGGCGCCGGUCACCCCGUCCUAGCCCUGUGCCAAAGCCUAGCCCUCCACUCUCCAACACAUCCCAGAUGGGCUCAACGUUGUCAAGUGGUGCUGGAUAUCAGGCAGGGACUCACCAAGGGCAAUUCGACCAUAGCUCAGGAUCCUUGAGUCCAUCCAAAAAGAGCCCUGUGGGUAAGAGUCCGCCGAGCACUGGCUCCACAUACGGCUUGUCUCAGAAGGAGGAGAUGGCUGCUUCAGGAGGAGCAGCGUAUACCAAGAGAUAUCUAGAUGACCAGAAGACUGAGAAUGGAAAAGAUAAGGAGCAGAAACAAACAAAUAUUGAUAAAGAGAAGAUGAAAGAAAAAGGGAGCUUCUCCGACGUAGGCUUGGGUGAUUCAAAAAUGAAAUCUGAUGCAUUUGCUCCCAGGAGUGAUGCUGAGAAGUCCUUCCGGGGCAGCCAGUCUCCUAAAAGGUAUAAGUUGCGAGAUGAUUUUGAAAAGAAGAUGGCAGACUUCCACAAGGACGACCUGGAUGACCAAGAUAAGGAAAAAGCUAAAGGAAGGAAGGAAUCUGAGUUUGAUGAUGAGCCCAAAUUUAUGUCCAAAAUCAUAGCAGGCGCAAACAAAAACCAGGAGGAGGAGAAGUCGGGCAAAUGGGAGGGCCUGGUGUACUCCUCUUCAGGGAAGGACAAGCAGAGGAAAACAGAGGAGCUGGACGAGGAGUCCUUCUCAGAGAGAUCCAGAAAGGAGGACCGAGGAGGGUCCAAGAGAAGCGAGGGGGGGCACAGAGGGUUUGUGCCUGAAAAGAAUUUCCGAGUGACCGCAUACAAAGCAGUUCAUGAGAAAAGCUCAUCACCUCCCCCGAGAAAGACCUCUGAGAGCCGAGACAAGCUGGGAGGCAAAGGAGACUUUCCCACAGGGAAGUCUUCCUUUUCCAUUACUCGAGAGGCCCAGGUCAAUGUCCGGAUGGACUCCUUUGACGAGGAUCUUGCACGACCCAGUGGUUUAUUGGCUCAAGAACGCAAGCUUUGUCGGGAUUUGGUCCAUAGCAACAAAAAGGAACAGGAAUUCCGUUCCAUUUUUCAGCACAUACAGUCAGCUCAGUCUCAGCGGAGCCCCUCCGAAUUGUUUGCCCAGCAUAUAGUGACCAUUGUGCAUCAUGUGAAAGAGCACCACUUUGGGUCUUCAGGAAUGACGUUGCAUGAACGCUUUACUAAAUAUCUAAAGAGAGGAACGGAGCAGGAGGCAGCUAAAAACAAGAAAAGCCCAGAGAUACACCGAAGGAUAGACAUUUCCCCCAGUACAUUCAGAAAACAUGGUUUGACUCAUGACGAGAUGAAAAGUCCACGGGAACCUGGCUACAAGGCUGAGGGAAAAUACAAAGAUGAUCCCGUUGAUCUCCGCCUUGAUAUUGAACGUCGUAAAAAACAUAAAGAGAGAGAUCUCAAACGAGGUAAAUCCAGGGAUUCCGUGGAUUCCCGAGAUUCAAGCCACUCACGGGAAAGAUCAGCUGAGAAAACGGAGAAAACACACAAAGGAUCAAAGAAGCAGAAGAAGCACCGGAGAGCACGAGAUCGGUCCCGAUCCUCCUCGUCGUCCUCUCGGUCCUCCCACUCCUACAAAGCUGAAGAGUACACUGAGGAGACGGAGGAGAGCUCCACGGGCUUCGACAAGUCCAGGCUGGGGACCAAAGAUUUUGGGGGUCCAAGUGAAAGAGGCGGCCGAGCUCGUGGGACCUUUCAAUUUCGAGCCCGAGGGAGAGGCUGGGGCAGAGGCAACUACUCUGGAAACAAUAACAACAACAGUAACAACGAUUUUCAAAAGCGAAACCGGGAAGAGGAGUGGGACCCGGAGUACACACCCAAAAGCAAGAAGUAUUACUUGCACGAUGACCGAGAAGGUGAAGGCAGUGAGAAGUGGGUGAGCCGAGGCCGGGGCCGAGGAGCCUUUCCCCGGGGUCGGGGCCGGUUCAUGUUCCGGAAAUCCAGCACCAGCCCCAAGUGGGCCCAUGACAAGUUCAGUGGGGAGGAAGGAGAGAUUGAAGACGACGAGAGUGGGACAGAGAACCGAGAAGAGAAGGACAAUUUACAGCCUACAACCGAGUAGGGGUCGGGGCCACUCUGAUGGGAGCCCCCCUGCCCAGGGAGAGAGAGGCGCUGGGAAGAUGGUUGGGGAGGAGUGAAGCAAGAGCAGCUUCCAAAAGAUUCGGAAAAUCCCUACCCCCUACCCCCCACCCCCCACCAGCAGCCUUGCAGAAACCUACUGCAGCCAGCUGCGUCCCUGGCAUGGCAUCCCACAGCACAGAGAGGCGGUUGGCCACAGAGCCAGGGUCAGGCCCUGCUCUUAGAACACACCCAUGGGGCUGUAGCUGGGAUUUGCAUUUGCGUUUGUUUUGGUGUGUGGGGUAGGGAGGGAAAGCGCGAUGCCUGGAUUUUGUUUUAUUAGAAGCCAACAGAGUUCUUUUUUCAUUUGGAACUAAAGGAAGUAAUUUCAUUAUUUUCAUCAUUUUUUUCUUGAUUCUUGAAAGCUUUUUUUUUUUUAGGCAUAUGUAGUGAUAUUAGCAAAAAGAUUUAAUUUGGGCAACUUUGAUUAUUAAAACAGAAAACAAAGCAUGUGAAUAGAUUUUGAAGUGUUCACCUCAGUUUGGGACCAAACUGCUUGGAUCUUUGUAAAAACUGGUUUUGUGUGUUGUGGAGGAGUUCAUGACCUUUCUGACCACCUCGUGUUCGCUCCCCGAUGCCCCCCUGCUUCACACACACACACAUAGACACACACACACUUCCCCAGCCCCCACAAUACCCUUCCAUCUUUUCUGGUUUCUUCUGAGCUAGUGGACUGCCCACCCUCCGCCAGCAGCUCUAAACUCUCUAGUCUUGCUGACCCUCUGCAACUGGAGUGGACACUAGAGGGCAGUUUCUGGUCUGUUUUCUAAGAAACUUCCGGAUUCUAUUAUCUUUACAAAUAUAAAAUGAGAAAAUAAUUUUUCAAUAUUUUUUAUUAAUCUUUUUAUAAAGAAACUCCUAUGAUCGAUUAAGGAAGAUGGUUGUGGUUGGGUGGUUUGUGGGUUUUGUUUUUUGUUUUUUAAAGCUUUAAGUUGGAACAUUCUCAGAUGUGAGGGGGCGCAUCCUCUUGGAGUGGGUCUUGGAGUGGGUCCUAUGCUUGCCUUCUGGGGAGGCGGUCCUGAGCAGGUGAACCAUAUGGCAUCGAUGCAUAUGUUAUAUGCCGACUGACUGCACCCAUCUCUUCCUCAACCUCUGCCUCUUGGAUUGUUGUGCUACUUUACGCUACUUUGCUACAUUUCUAUAGUUAAGUUGUUUGGUUUUUUUUAAUGAUUCAUGUUUGGG